CUAAUGCAACGAACCCUGUUUAACCAGGCGAGCCUGCGGCACAGAGGCAGGGCCUACGCAGUGUUAUAAAACGCGCAGGUGCUCGCUGAUUGUGCGCUCUGCUAAUUAACUGGUGUCCUACGUGUACGCUGUGCUGUAACGCUCUGCGAGUUAACGGCGACUUCUCGGUUGGAAAACGUGUUUCCACUGCAAACAUGAGCGCAGGAGGAGGAACUCCUUACAUCGGCAGCAAGAUAAGUUUGAUAUCCAAGGCGCAGAUUCGGUAUGAGGGGAUUUUGUCCUCUGUCGACACAGAAAGGUCCACGGUGGCUUUAGCUAAAGUUAAAUCCUAUGGGACAGAGGACCGGCACACAGACAGACCUGUGCCCCCAAAAGAUGAAAUGUAUGAAUACAUCAUCUUCAGAGGCAGCGACAUCAAGGACAUCACUGUGUCGGAAGCACCAAAAAUCCACCAUGGGCUGCCUCGGGACCCUGCUAUUGUACAGUCAUCCCUUGGCAGCCCGUGUGCUGCCUAUCACCCACGGUGGAGCCCAUACAGGGACGUCAUGCCCACCUACAACCAGCUGGCUGCAAGUUCUCUACUCAACCAGCAAUACAAUGCAGCUCUAGGACUAGUUAGAAGAGCACCCAUGGUGGAGCAGGCAGUCCAGACUGUGCCGCUGACCAGUACCACUCAGAAAAAGGGGAAGACCUCCCCCCGGCCACAGAACCGGCAGCCAGCCCGUCCAGUCCAGCGUGCCGCCAGAGCUGGUUCCCAGCUUCAGAAAGAAAAUCUGCCAACCAGUCGGGCACCAUCUCAGCCCAGUGCAUCAAAGAAUCAAGGCCUAAGUAGUGACAGUCAGAAACAAAGACAAAAACAAGGCAGUCGCAGAUCCAGGAACAGAAGCCGAGGACAGCUUCUAGUGAAGAGCUCAAAGCCUACAACUCUGCAGUUUGAGUCGGACUUCGACUUUGAAACGGCAAACGCUCAGUUUAAAGACGAUCUGACAAAGGAGGUUGUAGUUGAGGAGGUUACUGAGGAGGCCCAGGACAACCAGAGCGUGCCGGAGGAGGAACCCCACGGAGAUAAAUACUACGACAAAGCAAAAUGCUUCUUUGACAACAUCUCCUCUGAUUUUAAGCCCAGGAGAACCUGGGCGGAGGAGAAGAAGCUGAACAUGGAGACGUUCGGCGUGCCGGGCCGCUUCCUGAGAGGCCGAGGCUUCAGGGGCCGAGGACGCACAGGGCCGAGCAACACGGAGCAGCGCCCCCUCCCUAAAAUGGGUGCUGGGAGGGUGUGAGUUUUUUGUUUAAUAUUUGUUAACGCAUGUAAAUAUUGUAGUUUUCUACUUAUUUAAAAAAGAAAUGCGCCCCUGUUUUCAGCUUUUGAAACUCUUGAAGCAAAUUAUGUUUUUUUUUUCCUAUUGAUGUACAGUUUAAAAAAAUGUACUUCACACCCUUAAUGUAAAAUGGGAGAGCAAUUUAUUUUUAAUCCAGCAGCUGUGCACUUAAGCCAAUGUAUUAAUUGGUUGGUUUGGAAGCAUGCAAUGUGGAUUCUGUUUUGAACAGGCUAGAGAGCAUGUUGAUUUGUUUUUGAUUUUCAAAUAGUCUUCUUGACUGUCAAAGUUUAUGUCCAAGCUGAACUUGGAUUAUGAUAAAAUUGAUAAUGUCCCUGCUUUUUUUUCUUUUCCCCAUUGUAAAGUCAAGCUGUAGAGAAAUGUGCAACAGUUGCUAUUAAAAAACAGACUCAACAGUGUAAAUUGUCAUUGAA